ACAACUACAGCUACAGGCCUAACGCCACAGCCACAAAUCCACAAUCCACAGCCGCCAUCCGUGCCAGCAUCGGCUAGAUUAUGGAGCAGCUGUGCUACCUGGCGCUGGGCUGCCUCCUGGUCAUCGUGGGCCUUUACGGGCUGCUCGAGCUGCACUACUUCCUGCGCAUGUGCAUUUGUGUGGUGCUGGCGCGUUUUGUGAAGCGACGCUGCCACAUACUGGACGCCACCACGGUGAACGGUCUAUGCCUCACCAACGAUGUGGACACGCUGCUCUACCACAUGAACAAUGCCCGCUACUUCCGGGAGCUGGACUUUGCCCGCGUGGACUUCUACGAGCGGAGCAAUCUGUAUCGCACCAUCACGGGCAUGGGCGGAUCCGUGUUCCAGGGCGCGGCCACCAUACGCUAUCGUCGCUUCAUACGGCCCUUUCAUCGCUUCAACAUUGUCUCCAAGAUCGUGUACUGGGAUGAGCAGUCGCUGUUCAUGGAGCACCGCUUUGUGCGGCCCUCGGACAAGUUUGUGCACUGCAUAGCCAUUUGUCGGCAGCGCGUCAUUGACGUGUCCAUGGAGGCGGUAAUGGCAGAGCUUCUGCCGCGAACGGCCUCGGACCAGUUCCGGCCAAUGGAGCGGCUGGUGGCCCCCGGAACGGCGGCUAGCCUGCAGCCAAUGAGCGUGACCGGCGGCAUCAGCAAUCCAGCAAUGGACCAAUCCUCUCUGGCGGAGAAUGGACAUGCAGCAGCAGCAGCAGCAGCAGCGCCAGAGAUGACAACACCAACACAAACAGCGACGGUGACGGUGACAGCGCUGGGGCACUGUGCAAAGCUGAAGCCGUCGCUGCCACCAGAGCUGUCCAAGUGGAUCGAGUACAAUGACAUGUCCAGCAAGAAUCUACGCAGCGGCUGCUGACGGGAGUGCCCGAGCGGGAAACUGGAACUCCACGUUUCUCCCGAUACGUUUUGCGGGCUAUUUCUGAGAACAACAAAAAAACAACAACAAAAACAAAAACUGUGCUACUCGUACUAUGUAUACAUGUUUAAGAGGUCCAAGUGACCCUAGGCGUAAGUGUCCGCCCCUAAACCCUAGCUUUAUCUUAUGUAUGAUGAUCAUCAUUCAUGUCUGAAACCGAAACCGAAACCCACACACACACACACACACCCAACCCCAACCCCAAAUCCAAAAACCCAACCCCAAUUGGUAGUCCCUAGUGUGUGUAAGAUUAUGAUGUACAAUGAUUGUGUUUAGUAAAACAGAAGAAAAACUC